CCAACGACGCGGCAGCGGCACAACUCAAAACAAGAGUUCCAAAGUGAAGCAGCUCAACCGCGCCAUGCAUGCAAACAAGGAGAACGACGGACGUAACAUCUCCGUGGACAUGUACCCGUUCAUACGCGAGUACAAGGACGGAAGCAUCGAGCGUUUCCUACGCAGCCCAUUCGUGCUGGCGUCGUCGGAUCAGGCCGGCAACCGUGGAGUGGCAACGAGGGACGUCGUCGUCGACAAGGCCACCGGCGUGUCUGUGCGCCUGUUCCUCCCGUCCCGUGCCGCCGAGACCGCAGGCAGGAAUCGGCUUCCUCUCGUCCUCUACGUCCAUGGCGGCUCGUUCUGCACGGAGAGCGCUUUCGGCCGUACGUACCACCGCUACGCGACCUCCCUCGCCGCCAGCGCCGGAGCCCUCGUCGUGUCGGUGGAGUACCGUCUAGCGCCGGAGUUCCCCAUACCUGCGGCCUACGACGACGCGUGGGCCGCGCUCCAGUGGGCGGCGUCCUUGUCCGACCCGUGGCUGGCCAGCUACGCCGACACUGCACGCACGUUCCUGGCCGGCGACAGCGCCGGCGGCAACAUCGUUUACCAGACCGCAGUCCGCGCCAGCCACGAAGUCAACGACGACAUGAUGAACAUUGCGGGCCUGAUCAUGGUGCACCCUUACUUCUGGGGAGCCAAUCGGCUGCCCUCGGAGCUCGCGUGGGCGGACGACAGCGAGGGUGCCGCGGCGGUGUUCCCACCGUACGGGGUGGACCGGCUGUGGCCAUUCGUCACGGCCGGCCAGGCCGGCAACGACGACCCCCGAAUCGAUCCUCCGGCCUCGGAGAUCUCAUCGCUGGCUUGCCGCCGCGUGCUCAUCGCCGUUGCCGGCAAGGAUACUCUGCGGGAGCGCGGCCUCGACAUGGCGGCCAGCAUGCUUGAUCACGACGCGCCGUGGCCUUGGAUGAUGCAGGGGCGCCGCGAGGUGACGGUGGUGGAGUCGGAGGGCGAGGACCACGGCUUCCACCUCUACAGUCCGCUGAGGGCCACCAGCAAGAGGCUCAUGGGGAGCAUCGUGGAGUUCAUAAACCAGCAGCCCAACUCGUCGCCUGCUAAUCCUAUGGUGCUUGGAGUGCCGACGACGCCGUUCAAGGACGUGUUUGGGUAUGGCAUGGCCAUGAAGUCCUGGGGCACACGCUCCAGUCUGGCUAGUAACAGUGCUACUUACCUGAAAAUUGGAAGGGUUGGGCCAUCCAACAAAAUCUCAGUUCUACUGCCGAUGCCUGCUGGUAACGCUCGUCACAAACGUCCAUUUUCUGCUGCUGUUCCGUGGAGUUGUGUGAUCAACAACUUUUUCUAGAUGACGGCCGGCCUGAUAACGCACACAUAAAUUAAUAUCUCAUUCAGACUCACUCCAGAGGGUCUGUGCCAAGGCUAUGCCCUUCUCCUACGUAUACUAGUACACUAAAUAAAACACAAAGAGUCUGCUACGUAGUAUUAAUUACUCUAUGAGUCAUGGGUAUUCCCUUCUCCUGCAGUCCUACGUAUACUACACUAAAUAAAACAGAAAGAGUCUCCUGCUAUUGGUUAUAAGUCAUGUGAGUCCUUCACGCCAAGAGCUAAAUUAUUAGUUAAAAGGGUCCUAUUGGUCCCAUCCAUUUGGAUUUGUGGGGAUCAAAUUCACAAAUAUAUGCCAAUUACCGGCCAGGGAAUUAUGUGUGAACUUUUCUGCCUUAUCUUAUUAUUUGGUGUUUGCUAAAUGUAUGUUUUAUGUCUUCCUUAAAAAAUGUCUAUUGUAUGCCAUAUCAUGUCGAACUCUCGUUUUGCAUUGAACACUAUUGUACAUGUAAUAUCUGAUGCUCAAGGCGUUGCAUGUUCA